AUUUUCUUUUGUUAGCUGAUAAACAACGCAGUCCUCUCCUCCUCCUACAAAUAGAGAACCCCCAAAUUCGACGCCUGCAAAUCGAAAUUCUGAUGGCGGAUCAGUUGACGGACGACCAGAUCUCCGAGUUCAAGGAGGCCUUCAGCCUCUUCGACAAGGAUGGCGAUGGUUGCAUCACAACAAAGGAGCUUGGAACUGUGAUGAGAUCUCUGGGGCAGAAUCCGACGGAGGCUGAGCUCCAGGAUAUGAUCAAUGAGGUGGAUGCCGAUGGAAAUGGGACAAUUGACUUCCCGGAGUUCUUGAAUCUUAUGGCCCGCAAAAUGAAGGACACUGAUUCCGAAGAGGAGUUAAAAGAGGCUUUCCGUGUUUUCGACAAGGAUCAGAAUGGCUUCAUCUCCGCUGCCGAACUGCGCCAUGUUAUGACAAACCUUGGGGAGAAGCUGACCGACGAGGAGGUCGAUGAGAUGAUCAGGGAAGCUGAUGUCGAUGGGGAUGGACAAAUUAAUUACGAAGAAUUCGUUAAGGUUAUGAUGGCCAAGUGAUGUGAUGCUCCCUCACUCCUCCUACCUUUAAGAAACCAAGAUAAGUUUUUAUUUUGGAUAUAGUUUGUGGAAAUUUGAUCUUUCGAAUUUACAAAAAACAAAAAAAGAAGAAAAACGGGUCGACCAGUCUAAUGGCUACCUAGUUUCUAUUCCUGUCAUUUGAUUUUGUGGUUUUAUGUCUUCGAAUAUGCGCGUGAUCUGUGUUUUCCAACUGUGGUAAGAUCAUCAUUAUCCAUUUUAUGUUAAGAUGAUUGCUAGUGUUAUGUA